AAUCGCUCUCGCGGUACUUUGACGUCAUCCGCCUGUCGUUUUUGUGGCGCCGCAUUCGUGCUGCAUAUCUAACAAAUUUCUCCCCGAGACCUGAGUUUGCCGCAGCGCCUGUUCGACUAGCAACUGAAGACAUCACUGGAGAUGUCUGCGCUCCGGUGGCUUGCGGUGGCUUCAUCAUCAGCACCACAAGAGCAGCAGAGUUGUUGGCAACCUUCAGAAAUCGACUGAAGACACAUCACUUUCAUUUACACCUGACCUUGCAUUGCUACCACUUACUUUUUCUCUUAUUCUGUUCUUUCAUAAUGUUUCCUUUAUAUAAAAAAUAACCACGCCUCAUGUACUGUGUUAGGUUGCCCGAGACAAGAUUCAGAGCAAUUAUGUACUGCUGCCCUUUUGUUGAUGUGAUUGCUUCCACCUCAUUUGUAAAUCGCUUUGGAUUAAACCGUCUGCUAAAUGUAAAUGUACUUAUUACUACCAGCCAAAGGGGUCCAAAAAAACCCGCUGCGGUUAGCCGGCCAUUCUUUGGCCGGCUAAUCGCACGGGUUUUUUUGGCGCUCUACAGAUUGGUCCUGUUUUUUUGGGGCUGCCCGGACCGUAGCGGUGAACCGGAGGAACCGGAGGUUCACCGCGGACAAAACAGCAGGCGUCCUCGGAUGCCAGCUGUGGAGUCCGCGGGGAUGCCGGUUCACCUUAUUUCGGAUUUCACCGCCAUGGAGACCUUCACCAGCAGCUUGCUGAGUUUCCCAGAAGUGACGAUAGACGCUCUGGGAGAGGAUGAAGUUACGCUUGACUCCGUACUGCAUGGAAGAUUUACUGUUGGAAAGAGUGGACUGGCCUGGCUUGCUUGCGGGCCCCAGUUGGAGGUGGUCCAUGCAGUUACUGGCGAGCGUGUCUCCGCUUACCGCUUCAGCGGGGUGUCCGAGCAUCCGCCCACGGUGUUGGCCGUGCGGGAUUUCUGUUGGCUAAAGCGAACAGGGCUUCUCGUGGGUCUGGAGGAAGGUGAAGGCAGUAUGUUGUGCCUUUAUGAUCUUGCCAUCUCCCGUGUUGUCAAGGCUGUGGUCAUACCUGGCAAGAUAACAGCCAUUGAGCCCUUGGUUAGCUAUGGAGGGGCCAGUGCCAGCACACAGCAUCUGCAUCAGAGUCUACGUUGGUUCUUUGGAGUUGCUGCUGUGGUAACAGAUGUCGGUCACGUUUUGCUGGUUGACCUCUGUCUGGAUGACCUGUCUUGCAGGCAGAGUGAACUGGAAGCCUCAGAUUUGGAAGUGGUCUCUCCCUCUGAGAUCCCACGCUUUAGAGAGGGUGCGAUUCAGCAGGGCAGACACCUGUGCCUGCAGCUCAGCAGCCCCACAGAUACAGGGGUAACAGCGCUGCAGUAUAUACAGCGACUUGCUGUAGGCUUUGCUGAUGGCUACCUGCAGCUCUGGAACAUGAAGACCCUCAAAAAAGAAUAUCACUCACGGCUAGAGGGUGGCAGAGUGCCCGUCUACGCGUUCACGUUCCAGGAACCAGAGAAUGAUCCCCGAAACUGCUGCUAUUUGUGGGCCGUGCAGUCUGCACAGGAUCAUGAGGGGGAUGUGGUUAGCCUUCAUUUAUUACAGCUGGCCUUUGGAGAGAGAAAGUGUUUGGCUUCAGGGAAAAUUAUCUAUGAGGGUCUAGAGUAUUGUGAUGAGCGAUAUAGUCAGGACCUGAAUGGCACGGCGUUCCCACUCAGGGCUCAAGCUACUAAUACUCGUUUGAUCGGCUGCCAGACUAUAGAGAAGUUUCGUCACCAUCCUGAUCGCGAUAACAGCAUGAAUGAAGCGGCAUCUCCGGAUACAAGCGUAUCAAUUUUUAGCUGGCAAGUCAAGCCUUACGGACAAAGCCAGCCAUCUACCUUCAUUGGUGUUUUUGAUAUUAACAGAUGGUACCAUGCUCAGAUGCCAGACUCACUAAGAACGGGUACAUCUUUGAGAAAUUGUCCUUAUCUGGCAGUGUGGUCUCUUGACUCUGUGGUAGAGAUGACUGCUUCCUGUCCUCUGAUGGACCUUAUUGUUCAUGAACGCAGUCUAAGUAGGGGCCUGCCUUACACCUGCCCCCCACCAGAGCAGUUCUUUAAUCCCACAACCUACAACUUUGAUGGAAGUUGUUUGCUUAAUACUGGAAUUGUGCACUUUACUUGCUCUGGUCAUCAAAAAGAGACUCUGAGCUACUUGAAGAAACUGGCUCCAAGUUUGGGCGACAGCAUUACUAAUGGAUACUCGCGCUGCCUUAUGUCUGGUCUCCUGUCCUCUCGUCUUGCUGAUGUCCAGCCCUCUAGCCUCUCACAGGAAGAGCAACUUCAUGCCAUCUUAUGCACUGCUGUAGAGACGAGCUCCUUGGGAUUCAUCACUGGCUGUAUUAAACAGUGGACCACUGAGGAGCAAGCGGGGGCAGCCGUGAAUUUGCGCUAUAUACUGGAGUGGGCCUGGAACAAGUAUGUGCGCACCAAAGAAGAGCUGGAUGAAAUAUGUGCUCCACUCUUUGACAGCUUCACAAAUUUCACAGAUCCACAAACACUUCAGCUCCUACAGCACAGUCAACGCUUGCUGGCAAACCUCAGCACCAUCUUCCAUUGUUUGCUUAAUGAUGCACAGGAGCUCACACAGAAAGGGUUGGUUGGACUCAUGAACAAAUACAUGGUGUCCAGUUUGAUUAGUCAGUAUGCUCAGGUGGUUCUGUGGUUCUGCCGUACCGGCCUCCUUCCAGAGGGCACUGAUGAUGAUGUCCUGCAAAUAUCAAGGCCCUUUUACAGUCAUUCUAUUAUAAAGAACUACUACGUUAGCCAAAGGGAAGAGCUGCAGAGACUGGCCAAGGAUAAGUGGUGUGCGGACUGCCUAAUGAUUGACGGUCUGGUAACGCAGUGUGGGGAGCGUCUUGUUGAACUCUGGAGAAGGGAUGAAGGUGGAACUGGACAGUAUCCUCCCCCGACACUUCAUGCAUUGCUUGAUAUAUAUCAGCUGGAAAACGUUGAGGAAUCUGCCAAACAUGCUAUUGUUAUUUAUUUCCUACUGGAUUUGGACCACUUUUUAUUGGGAAGUAGUGAGUCUUUUCCCACCGCAUUUGGUAUUCCCAUUGGUUUAGUCAAACUGGUACAAGGCCUGUGGUUGCUAGAUCAUCAUGAUCAUGAGAGCGCUCUGGAGCUGCUCUUGCAUCCAGCCACCAGUCACUCACUUUGGAGCUGGCAACAUGAGCGUGUCCUGCAAGCUUUGAUGUGUCAGCAGAAGCACACUCUUGCUCUACGCUACUUGCAUGUGAUGAAGCCUCCACUGUGCACUACCAGCCAAGCCAAGCUUUCCCUUUCAGUCCUGCUCCAUAACAGGUGUAUUGUGGAGGCAUGGGCGUUGUUAAGGCAGCGCUGUAAUAAGUUAAACAUGGAAGAGCUGAUGAAGUUUCUCUUUGAUACAUGCCAGGAGCUAGGUCUGAUGAAAGAGCUACUGAAUCUGCUACUCGGCAUGGCAGAACAGGAGUGUUUGGAACGAUUCCUUAAAAACUCUGGAGGUUUCCAGAGUCUAGAGCUGCUAAUGGUCCACUACAUCCAGCAGGCCAAUUAUGUUUCUGCCCUUAAAGUCAACCAGACCCUCAUAAUGAACCUUGGAGUAUGUUUGGAUCCACGCCCCAGAGAGUCAGAGUAUCUUCCCUCGCCAAAUCUACCAGAGCCCUUUGUGGAACCAGUGGAACAAGAACCAUAUAUUGAGCCAUCUGUUGAAUCGGAACUUCCGGUGAAAGAGUUGGUGGGCCAUGAACCUGUUGCUGAUGCCGCUGUUUAUACAGACAUUAUUGAUGAACCUAAGAACAGUGAGGGGGAAUCUAUGGAAACAUCAGAGGCACAAAAGACCCCACAGAAAACCACGCGUAGAAAAAAAUCUAGAAGACUUAGAGACACCAUUUAUAAAGAAGACCCACAACCACAGACUGGAGAGAGUCCCAUAAAAGCAGUAAAUGAAGAUGCAGUAAAUUCCCAUCCUAAAGAGGACAAUGGCCCGGUAGAUGAUGCAGUGGAAACUGAAGCUGUCAAACCCAAAAAGAAGAGAAAAUCUAGGUGAACUGUUUACUGAGGGACUUGAGGACCAAAAAAGAUGGCUUAGUUUUUAAAUGUUUCUACUAAUGCAAAAGUAAAUAGUCUUUUAGCGAUGCUAUAAAUAAAAUUUGAUACUUGUGAACUAUUUUGUUACUUGGUUUGUUUAUAGAACGGAUUGUGUAGGAAAUGUAAAACCGGAUCAAACAAUAACAAGGUUUAUGGGUUCCACCACUUGGAUGAUGUGGUUCACCUUGCAUUGGUUAAGUGUAACAAGAUGGUCUAUUUUAAACUGAUGGACAUUUUGCUGGACUUGGCACUUAGUCUCCUCUAUCAUGAGGUCUUAAAGGUGCAAUGUGUAAAUUUUAGUGGCAUCUAGUGGUAAGAUUGCGAAUUGCAACCAAUGGCUCAGUCCACUUCUCACCUCUUGCUUUUGAAACACAUAGAGAAGCUACGGUAGCCACCACCGGACAAACAUUUCAUCGAUGGAGACAACUUAGUAAAAAAGUUUGUCUGUUGAGGGCUUCUGUAUGCAUGGCUGCACAAAAUGGCGGCUUCCAUGUAAGGGGACCCUCUGUGUAUGUAGAUAAAACGUCUCAUUGUAAGGCAAUAAACACAUAACGGUUCAUUAUGAAAGGUCUUUAUACACCCCUGAUAAUAUAGUUUUGUAUAUUAUUUUGCAUUUCUGUCAAGAGAUCCUUCUAAAAAUUACACACUGCACCUUUAAGUUGAAGAACCCCAAGUUUGUUCAUUGCAAAUAAUGUACAUUUAUUUUUGUUCAGAUACAUCAGUUAUAUUUAAAAGAGCAUUGUGAACUCUGUUGUAAUGCAUAUUUGCUUUCAAAUACAAAUAAUUUACAUUUCUAAAGA